CAGGGUCCGCCGGUGGUGCUUCUGCUGGCCCCGAGAAGAAAGUGGGCGUGGCCAAUGGGGCGGUGCCGGCGUACCAGGAGCGCGAGACAUGGACGCGGCAGAUGGACUUCAUCAUGUCCUGCGUCGGCUUCGCUGUUGGACUCGGAAACGUGUGGAGGUUCCCCUACCUGUGCUACAAGAACGGAGGAGGCGUCUUCCUGAUCCCGUACAUGAUUGUUGUCUUUGUCGGAGGGAUCCCCAUCUUCUUCCUGGAGAUCGCCCUGGGACAGUUCAUGAAGGCCGGCAGCAUCAACGUGUGGAACAUCGCUCCGCUCUUUAAAGGUUUGGGUUAUGCCUCCAUGGUGAUCGUGUUUUUCUGUAACACCUACUACAUCAUGGUGCUGGCGUGGGGCUUCUACUACCUGAUCAAAUCGUUUAACGCCACCCUCCCCUGGUCCACCUGUGACAACGAAUGGAACACGCCCAGCUGCCUCGAGAUCUUCCGACACCAGGACUGCAACAAUGCCAGCCUUGCCAACACCACCAUCAGCGGCAACCUGACCUGCGGCCAGCUGGCUGAGGCUCGAUCGCCCAUCAUCGAGUUCUGGGAGAACAAGGUGCUGAACAUCUCCACUGGUCUGGAUGAUGUCGGAGAGUUUAACUGGGAGCUAAUGCUGUGUCUGAUGGCCGUCUGGGUUAUGGUUUAUUUCUGCGUCUGGAAAGGAGUCAAAUCCACUGGGAAGAUCGUGUACUUCACGGCGACCUUCCCCUACGUGGUCCUCAUCAUCCUGCUGGUCAGAGGCGUCACACUUCCCGGAGCCAUCAACGGCAUCAUGUACUACAUUAAACCUGAUUGGUCCAAACUGGGGGAGGCUCAGGUGUGGAUCGACGCUGGCACUCAGAUCUUUUUCUCGUACGCCAUCGGACUCGGCGCUCUGACGGCUCUGGGCAGCUACAACCGCUUCAACAACGACUGCUACAAAGACGCUUUCCUCUUGGCUCUGAUAAACAGUGGAACUAGUUUCUUUGCUGGUUUUGUCGUGUUUUCUAUCCUGGGCUUCAUGGCUAACGAGCAGGGAGUCGACAUCUCGCAGGUCGCUGAAUCAG